GAAAGCAUUCUAAAUGGGUGUAAAGCCCUUGCAGAGGUAAUGUGCCACAUUGGAUGGUGCAAAAUUAAAAUAGCAAAAUUGUCCCAGCUCAUAGGGACACCACCAUACUAAAAAUAGCACGCAAUGAGUGCUCGCUUAUGGUCUCCGUUCCCGAUUAUGGCUCCUUUAUGGCAACAUUGAAACAGAUUCCUUGCGUGGUUCAAAGAGGUAAACUUAUGUCUCUCAUAAAGUGACAAAAUGUUUACUGUGAAACUGACGCUUUUUCACCAAGAAAAAGGCUCUCAGGCAUUGGGAAGGGUAAUAUGACAACAACACUUGCUUCCCUGUGUUAGUUUCUCUUAUGCGUAAAAGUAACUCAAACGUUGAUUAUUCACGUGAAACCAUUGUCAAUCCCCUCCUUCCACUAUCACCAUAUCAUCUUUCCAGGAUGCCUUGGAAAAAACAACUAGUUUACCAGUGCAAUUCUAACAAUCACAAAAUACCACGCUGAGACAGUACCACUUGUAUUUAUUUCCAUUUUUUUUCAUUGACCUAGUUUCAGUUACAACAUUUUAUGAGUUUCUGAACAAAGACUCUUAGAUAUAUUAUUGUCCAUGUAAAAUUAUGAUUAGCAACUAUCUGGAUGAGGAAAGACCUGAUUUAAAUUAUUUUUUCGAAUAGAGAUCAUUUCUGCAACAGUCUGCUUGUCAAAAUCACUAAAGUAUAAUUACUUAACAUCAUCUUGCUAGGGAAAAACUGCAUGCAAAUCUUAUUUCAACACACAGUUACACUAAUAUAUACAACUACAAAACUAGUUUCGUUUAUGACCCCUUAAUUUGGUCCCCAUAACAGAUUUAUCGGUAAAUCCAAGGUGACCUCAAGUAACCAUGAAUGAAAUAUAAACCUUGAUACCACAUGCUAAAAUAAUAAUUUUCAUUUUUAUUUCUACUUAUUUAUUUAUUUAUUUACUUAUUUAUUUCUAUGUUACUAUUAUUGUUUCUAUCUGGUUAUAUUAUUGUCAGUUGUUGUAUUAUUCUGUACCAAGUAAUAUUUUUCGUGCAUGGUUACAUGAAGUCAUCCCAAAUUAAAAUCUUCACUGGCAACCAACUGAAGAGGUCGCAGACAAAGCAAGUCUUGAAGUCGCAUAUACUAUGUACUAACUGUAUCGAAGGAAAAUACAAACGAAGCUUUUCCCAAAACAAAGAUGCUGUUCAAUAAUUAUAUCUAGACCGCGGUCAAUACCGAUUUCAGCCAAUCAAAUUCGUGAAUUCGGUAGUUCCCAGUCCUUGUGAGACACAGCCAUAAAUAUAUAAAGACCAAGGCUAUGGCAUUUGAGCCUGCAAAUAUUACAGCUGACCUUAUAGUAAUGGCGGCCAGGAGAGUCCAUUUCGGCUUUGGUUUACUUGAGCGGAGGAGUUUUGACCUCACCUUUCACCGAUCCCGACAGCCUCUUUUAAAAAAGUUAAAUAUCCGCCUUCUCUCGGACAGAGUGGUCGAUGCGCUUGGCACAGAACCGCCCAUACCCGAGUACAAACCGCCUCAAAAUGAACCACUCGAUCGCAGACGAGCAAGGCUACUCUACCAAAGCAGGAAGCGUGGAAUGCUUGAAAACGGAUUGCUGUUGAGCACAUUUGCCGGUAAACACUUGGAUAAUUUGAGUGACACCAUGUUAGAUCAAUAUGACAAACUUAUAAACCAACCAAGUAAUGAUUGGGAGAUCUACUAUUGGAUGACGGAAAAGAAACCUACCCCUGAGGAGUAUGAUAACGAAGUUAUGGACAUGCUCAAGAUCCAUGCAAAGAAUAAAAAGAUGGAGGAACGCAUUAGACAACCUGAUCUUCAAGAGAAGUGAACGAUGAGGUAUAUGGCUGGAAGUGUUGUCUAAGUCUUGUCAAAGUCAGACUGGUUUUGCUUGUGGUCCAAGUCACAAACUGUGAAGAGAUAGUUCAAGUUUUGUAACUGCAUCCAGGAUGGUAUCCAAAUGCUCUAUGACUGAGAAGGUAGAAAAGGACUAACAAUAUAGUCGAUAUUGUUGUUGUGGGGGCAUUGCUGACCACAAACUAGGAUGGACAUGAUGGAAUGCAGGGUGUGCUCCAAAAAAUGGUCAAGACAGUAACAAUCUAUAGAAUGUUUUCUUGCAUGAUUUUGAAAAGCUAAAAAAUAAUCAAGAUUAAACCUUGAUUGUUUUUUAGCUUUCAAAAUCAUGCAGUUAAACAUGGAUCACAAUCAAUCUGGAGACUUCAAGGCUAAGGCUGUGCAUAGAACCAAUAUAUUAUGGCUUUUAUUUACAAGUGUUCUACAACAAUCAAGCAGUCCACUCUGUUGGACUUCUAUUUAAUAUUUUGCAUUCAGCUAUUUGAAAGGUGGGAUCAAUGUUCAUCAUCUGUCUGACACUAUUUAACAUAAGAGUUGAAGAGAAGUUGCACAUAAUAAAUUGAACUAGAAUUCAA